GAAAGCAUGGGUUCUACUCCGACCUUUUCUGGACGCCUCUCAUCGCCCAAGCCCUGGCGAUCGAGAGGAAGAAGGAUUCGGAGAUGGUCCGUGCUCUCUUCAGCGCCGUUGAGAUGCACAGCGGGAGGGGCGUCACGCUUUCCCAGCUGGGAUCUGACUACAAAGUCUCCCAGCUGAAGAAGGACAACAUGUGGAAGAGCGUCCGACUGCUCGACAUCCUCGAGGCGUACGAGGACAUCUUCGAGUUGGUGCCAGAUGGCUCCAGCGGCGGCUGGCAGGUCACUUGA